GAGUGUUUAUAUAUAUAUAUAUUUAUGGAGUACAUAGAGGGAGUGCAUACAGUAUAUAGAGAGUGUUAGUGACAGUCAGUGUCAGACGCAUUAUGUCUGCCUGCACUCAGCAUCUUUCCCUCCAGUCCGAGCACAUGACGAGACGAUGCGGAUCUUCACAGUCUUAACUUUGCUUCUGGUCUUCUUCCAGUCAGGCUUGUCUCUGCAAAUCCAGUGCUACCAGUGUGAGGAGUUAACCAGCGACUGCUCUUCACCACAAUUCAUCGUCAACUGUACCGUCAACGUGCAGGACAUGUGUCAGAAUGAAGUUCUAGUGAAGGAAGAUGGGAUACGCUACCGCAAAUCCUGCGCCUCCUCAGGAGCCUGUCUCAUCGCUUCUUCUGGCUACCAGCAGUUCUGCACCGGCAAGAUGAACUCAGUGUGCAUCACAUGCUGCAACACAUCACUGUGUAACGGACCACGCCCAAAGAAACGAGCCCAACCAUCCGCCGCUAUUACCUUGACCACGCCACAUCUCACUGUUUUUAUUUUCUUCUUCAUGCUACUUGCCUUCAGCUUUUAAUGAACUGUACCAAUAGUGGAAAACUUACAUGUGAAAAUUUAAAUAGGAAGCUUUUCAUCUUUUUUUUCACAGUUUGCUUUAAAAUGUGAAGAAAAACUGCACUGUAAAAUAUUUAUAAAGGAGAGUCAUUUCUGAGGAUGCAUCAUUUUAUCUCUACUGUAUUUUAAUCAUUUUAAUUCAUUUUAAUUAAUAGGUUUUCACAUAAUGUUGUCAUUUUAUUCCAGUUCUUUUAAUCUCCUAAUUUCUUUUAUAUUUGUUUUCGGUGUUGCGCUAUUACUCAUUCAUAUGUUAACUAGGAACUGGAUUAAUGUUGUUGACUGAUGAGUGACUCGAGUGAAUCGCGUACCCGAUUCACUUCAGCAAUCCAGUGACUCAUAAAAACUCGAGUCAGUAAAAGAAAUCAAGUUUCCCAUCGCGAGCCGACAAGUGGAUUCAACUUCUGUUUCCGGUUCACUGGUAUGUAGAGCUAUAUAAUGAUAAUAAAUACAGUUCUGGGAAAUGAAUACAACUCUGACAGUAUUAAUACACACAUAUACAGUACAUCUAGUAUUUAUUUGCAGUUCACCAAAGUCAAAUACACAUGUAAGCUAUUUAUGUGACGACCUUACUUUGGUACCCCCCACAGGAUGUGCUGUUAUUUUGAAGGCCGGAAGUGGGUAUGUUUAGGUAGCUUGUUAUA